AUGGCCGACAUCAAUAAAUAUAUUCCGAUGGUUGACGCUAUUUUGAGCGUAUCCAACCCCGAUGAAAUAAGCCCAAAAAGGGUGAGGAAAGCCCUGCAAAUUCUCUAUUCAGUUAAUUUGGAUUCACAAAGAAAGUUAAUUAAUGAAUUGAUUCUUGAGAGGUUCGGCGAUAUACAAGAAAACCCAAGAGUCUUAAUUCCGAAGAACGACCUCAUUAGUCGGGAUCAAGAACUAUCUUUGAGGUUACAGAAGGAAGAAGAAAGACCCUUGAGGUCUACGAGGAAAAGGAAAGGUAAAAGUGAAAGUAAAUCUAAAAGGAAGAAGAAAAAGAAUGAUAGUCCUGAUUCCAACAGCAUUUCCGUCCGCAAAGUUCUGUUGUCAGCUCCUUUACAAAAGUUUCUAGGAUCUGAAGAACUGCCACGAACGCAAGUAGUGAAGAUGAUAUGGCAGUAUAUCAAAGAGCAUGAUCUUCAAAACCCAAAAGAUCGUAGAGAAAUUCUAUGCGAUGAGAAGAUGGAACCAAUUUUUGGCAAAAAAAUGACGAUGUUUUCAAUGAAUAAACUCUUAACUAAGCACUUGUUUAAUCCCGAUGAAAUUGUGAAACAUGAAGAGGAACAAAAGCAAACACCCGAAAAAGAAAUCAAAUUGGAAAACGAAUCUCUUCCCAAUUUAAGCGGUUGA